AUGGUGAACGCAACUUCCUCUGGCCUCUCAUUUGGCCCAAUUCCGCUACCUCCCUCAGCCAAUCCAAAGUACUUCAAGGACUUUGGUAGGAAAGUUGAAGGGUUUGAUCCAGCUCAGAUGACUGAAGAACAGAAAGAAGAGAUCAUUGACAUGCUUUACAAACAUUCAGUCUUGCUAUUCAAGAAUCUUAAAGUAACUCCCGAGCAGCAAUACGAGAUUACACAUGCCUUCGAUCCAGCCGCAAACACAUAUGGCCACGGUAAUAAUAAGACUGGAAGUACCAAAUCGUCUAUCCUCCAUCCUGACCUAAAAACCAUACCUCGACAGCCUCAGGUACAAUUGAUCGGUAACGGCAAGGUUCCAGGAGAAUACGAGGGUUUGGAAAGUCCUCAAUUGAAACACCCACACCACAAGACUUUCCACAAAUCACCGGUCUCACAAGAAGAUGAAGAUAAGGGAAUCACUCGAUUCUAUAGAUGGCAUAUCGACGCUGCUUUAUACAAUCUCUCGCCACCUAAAGUUACAUCUUUGUGGGCCGUCAAAGUUCCCAAGGGAUCAGAGCAAAUCUGCAGAUAUGAUGAUGGAACAGGCGACGAAUUACCAGUACCUCUCGGUACGACGGCAUUUGUCAGCGGGAAAAACAUGUUUGAUGUCCUUUCGCCCGAACUUCAAUCUCUCGCUGUCCGUACAAAAGUUCGAUAUGCGCCCCAUCCAUAUGUGUGGAUGUCAAAAGCGCACGCGCUUCCUACCGGUCUCGGGAUCGAAAAUGAAGGACUCGAAAUGGACCUUGAGGAGCUCCCAGAAUGGGAAGAGAGUAAGAUUAAAACAUUCCCAGUGUGUUGGAAAAACCCUGUUACUGGUGGUUUACACGUUCAAGUUCACCCAUGUGGUGCUCAUCAACUCUUGAUCGAUCCAUUACCAUCAUCAGCCUCGAAAGAAAACGCACUCUACCCCCAAGGAGCACAUAUAACGGAUCUCACCACUGUGCGUGAGACAUUAUACAAGCUACAGCGACCUGGUAUCUCCCCGGAACUGGUUUAUCCCCAGGAUUGGGACGAAGGAGACCUGGUGUUAUUCCACAACAGAGGAUUAUUACACUCAGUUGUGGGAGCAUUCACGGAAGAACAAUUAAGGAUGUUCCAUCAGUGCAAUCUGGCAGCAUCAGAAGAUCCAGUCGGACCCGAUGACGAAGAUGUCAGGAAAUACGCUUGA